CGGGUGCUGGGGGAGGAAAGUCCACACACCGUGUCGUGUGAAUGGACACGACGAAUGCGCCCCAGAUCAUCCCUCACCACAUCGAGAGCGUCCAAUAUACCCCUUUCGCGGCAAGGUAGGUACAAACACACUCUGCUGCGCACCUCUGUUCCAUUCACUCUGCCGGUUCGUGUGUGCGUGUGACCACACUCACAGAUGGGUGCCGCAUUCGCCGCGUUUCGUCAUCUUGGGUCAGUUGCCGCGGGCCACGGGGUGCCUCAAAAUAUACGAGAUGGAGAGGGAGAAGCUCAAGAUUGUCGCUGACGUAAGUAGACUUUAAGGGCCAUUCUCACGGCGAACAACGGGCGGAUCUCCGUGUGUGUGUGUGUGUGUCUGUGUCUGUGUCUGCAUGGCGUGCGUGUGGAUCCCAUCCCGUCCAACCACGUACAUGUGCAGACUGAGAAGCCGGCAGGGCUGCAGUGCGGGACGUUUGCGGCUUCCCCCAAUGAGAGCGCACUCAUCGCCACGGGCGACACCAAAGGCAAUGUCGCCAUGUGGUCAGCAAGCAAUGAACGACGCACGCACACUUUGUGUGUGAUGUGUGGUCUCUGUGGGAUGGAUGGAUGGAUGGAUGGCUGCAGGGACAUCGAUGCGCUGAGCCGUCCGAUGUGGUCGUGUGUAGAGGGGCACAAGGGCAUCGUCAACGCCAUCGACGGAUGCGGGUGGGGUGCGUCCGGAUGCACUGCACCAAUCAGUACUUACACACACAGGCCAUCCCACCUAUGUGUGUAUUCACCACGUGCGGCGAAUGCGUGCAGGGGUCAGAAUAUUGGUUAUGGGGCGCCGGAGCUCGUCACGGGCGGCAGGGACGGUACGCUUAUUACAGACACACGACGCCACGCCCCAUUGAUGCGUUCUUUCAUCGCUGCCUGGCCUGCAGGGUGUGUCCGUGUGUGGGAUCCACGGCAGGAGGACGCUGUAGUGGCACUAGAACCGGUAAGCGAUGGAUGGAUGGAUGGAUGACAAUGUCUGUCUCGCAUGUGUGUGUGUGUGUGCGCUGCAUCUGCAUCUAUCUGCCCGUCCGUCCACUAUGGAUGGCUUGCCUGCAGGUAGAGGGCGAGACGCCGGCUGACUGCUGGGCGGUGGCGUUUGGCAACGCACACAACGAGCAGGAGAGAUCCAUCUGCGCCGGAUACGACAACGGUAUAUAUGAGCGUAUUGUAGGUACACACACAUGACAUGGAAUCGAUCAUGCACACCACACCACACCACACCCAACACAACACAACACACAACGCAAGGCCCAUCACACAAUGCAGGUGAUGUCAAGUUGUUCGACCUUCGGACCAUGACACUAAGAUGGGACACCAACGUCAAGAACGGGGUGGGUCAGUUAGAGAGCGAGAGAAGAGAGACACAGCACAGGGUGGAAAGUGGUGUCAUAUGCUGAUUGAUGCAUCGAUACGCACGGUACAGGUGUGCGGGGUGGCCUUCGAUCGCAAAGACAUCAACAUGAACAAACUCGCCGUCGCCACGCUCGAACAGAACGUGGUACGCACACACACAGAGAGAGCCCCCCACCCCCUGCACACACCUCUUUAUGUCUGUGCACACCACACAGACGGUGUUUGAUUUGCGGACGUUUCACCCCGAGGAGGGCUACGCCGGGCGGACCGAGAAGGCCCACAAGUCGACGGUGUGGGGAGUGCACUUCCUACCACAGGUGGGUGGAUGGAUGGAUGGAUGGUGGGGUGUGGUGGUCAUCCCUAUGUCUGUCUGAUGUCGAUGUGGGUGCGGAUGGGGCACAAGCAGAAUCGUGAGUUGUUUGCGACGUGUGGCGGCAACGGGCAGAUCAACCUUUACAAAUAGUACCAACCACAGCACAGACAGCUGCACACAUCGUGGCGGGCACGGGCCUGUCUGUCUGUCUGUCUUUCUGUCUGUCUGUCUGUCUGUGUGUGUAGUUCGUAUCCGAUGGAGCGGAAGCGCAAAGACCCCGACAACCCCUCGCUCGAGAAGGGAGUCGCAGGUCAGUCAGCCGGGGUGUGUGGUGUGUGCACGUCUGCAGGGGUGUGGACGUAUGUGUUAUGCAUCGCAUUCAUGUGUGUGUGCAUGGGAUGGUAUGGGAUGGUAUAUGGUGCCCUCACUGCAGGUACGUUAGAGCUGCUGAAUCAGAAGGACAUCGCAACACAGCCCAUCGUCAGCUUCGACUGGUGGGUACCUAUACACACAGACACUCACUCAGGAGGUGUGUGUGUGGCGGGGAUGGAGAUGUGUGUGUUGUGUGUGUGUGUGUGUGUGUCUUGUGGGUGUAUGGGUGUGUCUUGUGGGUGUGUGUGUGGACAUACGCUACGCAGGCACCGUGACAAGCUGGGCCUGUCGUGCAUGGCGUGUCUGGACCAGACAGUCAGGGUCGUCAUCGUCACAAAGCUGGACACCUUCUGACAGACACUGACUGACUGCCACAUGUGUACAGACAGACAGACCAACGACGUCAGACAGACAUACAGGUACGUGUGGUGUGCUUAGGUGUCUGUCUGUCAAUACGGUCAUCCCCUGUCGACCGACACAUGAGAAAUACACACCACACCCUCACUCAAGGCUGUCUUGGACAGACAGAGAGGCCCAUAUCUAUCGAUGAGAUGAAGAACACAGAAAAGACCUUCCUCUUUAUAUACACGCUACGCUACACCCUACAGGCUUC